AUGCGCGUCCGCUUCUCGGACGAAGAUGUGGAUUUGGGCUUUCCGGGCGAGGAGGCGCUGCGGGGCGGCAGCCGGUAUGCAAAGAAGCUGCUCUGCGACGGCGGCAGCUUUGUGGGCACUGCUGGUCAGUGCAUGGUGCGGGCCUCGGGCGGCGCGUGGUCGGCCCAGGACAGCGACAUUACCGGCGCGCGGCAGCUCAGCUUCUUCAUCGAGAGCGUUUUGCGUCCCGGCGGGCGUGCUCGCUCGAUGCCGGCGAGCGCAUUGCGCACGCUUUGGACGGUGGCGAAGCCAAAAACACCGAUGGACGACUGGCUCCACCUCCCUCAGACCGUGGCGCCGACCGGCGACUACACCGCCGCCGAGCGAGAGCGGCUCCGCGCCAGCGAUCCCGGCGUGGACGGCAGCCCGACCUCGAUCGUCGACUCGCACUUUGUCCGCGACCUCCUCGCCAACGGAGCCAAGCCGGCUCCCUUUGCGCCGGCUAUGGAGCCGGAGGAGUGGUCCGAGGCGGUCGGCGUCAAGCUGACGGACGCCAAAGUCAGGACCAUCCACGGAGCCGACAUCGUCGCGACCGAGGCGGGGCUGCAGCCGGCGCUGCAGACGGAGUACUUUGCCGCGUGGGAGCUGGAGGACCGGCCUCGCCGCAUCUGCCUGCUCACGAUGGACAUGACGGAGGACUACCGCCCGUACGUGGGCUAUCUCAACGACAACAUCGCGGCGCUGCAGUCGUCCUUCCGCUCCAAGGGCCUGCCCGUCUUCACGUCCAACUGGAUCCGCCGGCCGGAUGACGGCCUGUACGGCGCGCUGGACCGCUUCUACGGCUCCGCCGGCGUCCGGUCGCGCGAGAACCCGACCUACAUCUACUUGGAGAACGGCACGCUCCCGAUGAAGGAGAUUGCGCCCACCGGCGAGGAGAUCGCGGCCGGGCUCACGAUCAAGUCGUCGCACCUCUCGAAGCGCGCCGCCGCCCCUCCCGUUUGCCGACGCCGCUCCACCUUUCUGCUCAAACUGCGCGCGCUCGGCGUCGACACGCUCGUGAUUGUCGGCGCGUGGAGCGAGGAUUGCGUCGCCGCCACCGCCUUUGACGCCGUCGACAAGUACAACCUCGACACCGUCGUCGUCGAGGAUGCAAUCGGCGAGACGUAG